AUGUGGAGGAUCGUGACCGUCGCCGCCGCGGCUCUGCUGCCAUUGGCCUCUGCCGCCAGCAGCAGCACGAGUGACGGCUCACCCACGCCCGACAGGGACGGCAAGUACUGGAUCUACGGCGACGGCAUCUCGGCCGCCUUUAUCCCCUACGGCGCCUCCAUCGCCAACCUCGUCUUGCGGGACCAGUACGGCAUCGAGCGCGACGUCGUGGCCGGCUUCGACAACGCCUCGUACUACAGCGAGGACAAGCAGCACCCGCACCUGGGCGGCGUGCCCGGCCGCUACGCCAACCGCAUCAAGAACAGCACCUUUGACAUUGACGGCCACCGGUACCGCGUAAAGGCAAACGAGAACCCGACCGAGGCGUCGCCCCAGGGGCUCGACACGCUGCACGGCGGGCCCGACGGCUGGGACUGGCGCAACUUCAGCGUCGUCUCCCACAGCCGCUCCAGCGUCACCUUUUCCUUUGUCGACCCGGACGGCAAGGAGGGCUUUCCCGGCGAGGUUGUCUCCGUCGUCACCUAUGCCUUGUCUGGCCGGGACUGGGACAUUAGCAUGGUGGCCAUGGCGACGACCAAGAAGACGCCCAUUAUGCUGAGCAGCCACACGUACUGGAACCUCGACGGCUUCGCAAACAACCAGACAAACACGGCCCUCAACCACACCCUGCACAUGCCCUACAGCGGCCAGCGCAUCGGCGUCGACAACAUCCUCGUCCCCACCGGCGAGAUCCUCUCCAACCCCCAGGGCUCCGUCAAUGAUUUCUGGAGCAGGCCCAGGCAGGUCGGCGCGGCCAUGGACGACCCGGACCUCGAGAACAACUGCGGCUUCAACUGCACCGGCUACGACAACUGCUUCACCGUCAAUCGCGCGGCCCUCGGAAGCUUCGACUGGCGCACAGAGGGCCCCGUGGCGACGCUCUCGUCGGACUGGUCGGGCAUCCAGCUCGACGUCUUCACCAACCAGGACGCCUUCCAGCUGUACUCGUGCAACGGCCAGAACGGCACCCUGGCGCUCAAGAAGACGCAGGGCGUCCGGGACGCCGAGGGUGCAGACGACUUCCCGCGCACCAUUCCCAAGUACGGCUGCGUCGUGCUCGAGGUGCAGGAUUACAUUGACGGCAUCAACCACCCCGAGUGGAUGCGCAAGCAGGUUUACGGCCCGUCGGACGAUCCGUACGUGCUGCAGGCCAAGUACCGAUUCAGCCUCACGUCGGAGCAUGGGGGCAAGAAAGGUAAGCAAGACGACUGUUGA